UCUUCGGGGCUGGUGCGUAACCAGGUGAACAGGGUUGGUUUCCCUCAGACUUAGUGUCUGGGACUUAAUGCUCUUCUGUCUUUGAGACAACCAUUUCUGCCCCCCUCCCCCCUAAAAUGUGCACAGAAUCCAGGUCUUCUUCCCAGCAAUAUCCAGCUCCGGGUAGAAACAACCCCCUUGCUCCUGUUGUGGACACGACGGCAUAUGGCCACCACGUUUGUACUUGCAAUGGCCACUCCUCUCCGGUUCCCGCUUUCUAGUGACGCUGUUUUGUAAGAGACGUAAUGGCAAUAAGACACCGACUGUGAUCACUCGCGUCCUGCAAAGAACGUCUGCGUGUGGCAGCUGCUCUUGUGUUGCUUUCCUAAAAUACCGGACUAAUGCGUUGCUGCCGCUCCCCUCUGCUCCUGCAGCAGACCUUGGGUGAGGACAUGACGGCGCUGCCGCGGGGAGCUGCUGGGGCCGGGUGUUCCGGAGGGGGGAAGCGGGGUGCUGAUGUGCCUAGUGCCGCAGGGAGCCCCCGGCAGGGACCCCAUGGGGAUACAGCGCAGGGGAUGGGGGAGCUCCUGCCGUUGUGGUCACGCACACAAAGCAGCAGCCUCCGGGGGAGAGGCUCUGCCGUCCCUGGGCCCCCCUUGCCCCGCUCUCCCAUCGCUCUCUAAGCCAUAGCACCCCUUUGCCCGCCUUCGUGCAGUGAAGAACGAACCUCUUCAGGGAACCCGCCUCUGCUGCCGUUUCUCUCGAUCCGCCCAGCCCAGGUUGCUUCUCGCGCCGUCCCGGGGCUGGGGGGGUGUUAACGGGUUGUGUUAUACGAGCCCGGGGACGGGUGCGGGCAGGGAACGGUGGGUUUGGGACCGGCAGCGGGCCCUGCUUGGGGGCGCGGAGCCUCCCCCCGCCCCAGCGCUCUCCGGCCUCCGCUCUCCCCUUCGCCCCGCGGCGGAGGGGCCCGGCCCGCUCCCGGCGCUGCCCCGGGAACCGUCCGUUCGGUCCCGUCCCGUCGCCGCCGGGAGACCGGGGCUCGGGGGGCGGAGCUGCCCUGGCGCCGCCCGCGGACACCGCCGCCCCGCCUCUUCGGGGCGUGGCCUCGGCUCCUCCACCAAUCAGGGCCCGCCUCUCUUCCUUCGUCCCGAUUGGCGGAGAGAGGGCGGCGCAGCGGAAGUGCGUCAGCGCCGCCGGCCGGGAGCGGAGCGGGAACGAGCGGAGGAUGAGCAAAGGCCGGGAGGGGCCGGCGGCGGGCGGAGGCGCCGCCGCCGUCCUGCUGCGGUACCUGCGGGAGCAGAACCGGCCGUACAGCGCCCAGGACGCCUUCGGGAACCUGCAGCGGGAGCACGGGCUCGGCAAGGCGGCCGUGGUGAAGGCGUUGGAGCAGCUGGCGCAGCAGGGCCGCGUCCGUGAGAAGGCCUACGGGAAGCAGAAGAUCUACUUCGCCGACCAGGAGCAGCUCCCGGCCGCCAGCGACGCCGAGCUCCGCGGCCUGGAUGGGGAGAUCACCGCGCUCUCCUCCAAGGUGCAGGCGCUGCAGCAGAGCUGCCGGCAAAUGGAGGCAGAGCUGAAGGAGCUGAACAGCUCCAUGACAACCCCUGAGAUUGCUGGAGAGAUUGAGGAUCUGAGGAAGGACUGUGCGAGUUACACAGAGAAGCUGGAGAGGAUUAAGUCUGCCACCAACCAUGUGACUCCAGAAGAAAAAGAGAAGGUCUGCAGCGAGCAGAAGCUGUACUGCAGGGAGUGGCGGAGGAGGAAGCGAAUGGCGACCGAGCUGCUGGAGGCCAUCCUGGAGGGGUACCCCAAAAGCAAGAAGCAGUUCUUCGAGGAGGUUGGGAUCGAGACGGACGAGGACCAUAACGUCACGCUGCCGGUGGCUGUGUGAGGCUCACCGGGGCAGAAGGAGCCAAUGCUGAAACUCAGCUGUUAGAUCGGGUUUUUUUUUUUUUCCUCUUUUUUGCAGGACAUGGGUUCAUCCUGCGUAUUUAUAUGCGUUUGUUUUAAAAUGCUUUGCAGCUGGGAGGGUGGUUUGGAGUGAGUGUCUGGGUACUGGGCUCUCCCGCUGUCUCGCUUAGAGCAGGGAUUGUAUUUAUUCCUCCCCUCAGUGCGGCUGCCGAGGUCGGGCAUCCUCCGGGGCUGGGGGAAGGUGUCAGUGCACCGUUACGGAGUCCCUCGUGGUCGGUAAGAAAGAGAAGCGGGUGCCGCAGCGAGGCAAACGAACCAGUGCCUGGUGCUGCCGCGGGGCUCAGCGUGUAUUCCAGCCGCUUCCCGCAGUGGGACUGAGCAGUACGCGAGACUGUGACCCAUUAAACACGGGGCUUUUCGUUCA